CCGAGAUCGGUUUUUGUAUUAGUGCUGUCGGUUCCAAAAUGUGUUGCGGAGGAUCAUGGAAAAAGUUUGGAAGUCGAAGGAUCCGGGCGAAAAAUUUUCCGGUCUAUCAAGCAGAAAACCCCCCAACUCCUUUCAUUCUAUUCCCGUGAUUAAAGCGAAAAAAACUGCUCUCAAAAAACAUCAGCCUUCUAUCAUCUCAGUACAAAAACUUCUACAACUACAACGCGUAUUAUCGCAACAGAUUUCGACCACAUAAGUUCUAUAUCAUUACGACAGUAUUUAAGUAAAUUGAAAACUUUCACCUCCACGACUUUUUUUUCUCGCUUUGCAACACAGAAACGCCAGAUCGCUGGAUUAAGUACGUCAAUCCGUCAGCACGAUUUGACUCCAACAGCGCAGUGCAAGUUCAGUUCUACUCCAAAUAACACUUGUCCUUCACUUUCAUUUACAAAAUGGUCCGCGCUCGCCUGGUUCUGCUUAUGUUGCAGGCUUUGUCUCUGCAAGGAGAAGUGCUCAAUGUAUUCGGGCUGCGUGUGAAUAUGGAUCCGGCGGCUUCGGGUUCCUCGAGUGUGGCUGCGCCGACCGGACCCUCUAUUGAUUCUAACCAUUCUGCCACUUCUGCUGAAGACCUAGAAAGAAACACCAACGUGCCAAGACAACAAAGGCGAGUUACUUUUGGUCUAACGGAGGUGAUGCAGAUAGAUUCUGUGAAGAACAAGACUUCGCGGGUGCGCCUCCCGCUCACUGCGGGCGCGCCGCCGCGGUCAGAAGACAAGCCCGAUGCGACCGGCGUGACCGGAAUGCGAGAGCACCCGGCCGACCGACCGCGGCAAAUGAUUUCUGCGAAAAAUCUGUUUUUGCGAAGUGCCCGAAGAAAUGAACAGCGUCGGCGAAGACAUGAACAGCGUGCCCGCAAGGAGGGACAGACAACUGGUCAGCGCAGCAGUUCUGAUGCAAGACCAGACUCACAGCGGAGCAUUUAAUUGAUGCUGCAUGUACGCGAUCGCGUGAUUGCCCGCAAUGCGCUCAAAAUGCGCGAGCGCGCUAAGAUAGAAUCCAAGACAGCAUCCAAGAUAGAAUCCCAGAUAGAAUCCAAGUGCCCUAGAGUGACGAGAAGGACACAAUGUAUGAUGGUGUAUAAUAAUCAUUGUGCACCUACGAUGUUGGUGAUGCGCAGGCGCAGCGCAUGUGUAUGAUGUUUUAAAGACACAACUCCAACUACUCCAACUAGGGCGCGAGCUGGCGUCUUACGUGAAGUGAUCUUGCUUGGAGCAAUAUAGUACUUUUUUAUCACGGCGAACGCGGCCAAAAGAUGUAGUUGUACUCCACCGUCCAUCGUUGUGUGUGGGCAGCAAUUAUCUCCUACGGAGAACUCUCCUGCUCAAGAGGAGACAGGAGUGCAGCUUGAUGAAUGAUGAACAGCCGCCAGCUCGGGGUGAAUACUAUGCAACCUCGAUCAUACCAAAGAAGGCACGGACUUGGAAAUACUUACAUGCUCGGAGGUGACCAAGUGAUGCACUCCGCCCUCCGUAAUUCAUGGAAGAGUUCUAAGUGCGCUUUUUGCUAAGGACAUUUUAAGGCGACAGCUCCGAACAGAAUACAUUCAUCCGCUGCGUUUUUGUCGGAGACCAACAAAGCUGCUAAUGAGAUAGUAGUUCGGUUUGGUAAAAGUACACUGUUCCUGCAAGCACAGGCAGCAGCAUCCGCUAGAGAGCAGGAUGCACGAUGAAAGUGGCAUCAGGCUCGCUUGUAGCCUGUCACAGCCAUCGAAAGACCGUGGUAUAAAUAUACAAUGAAUCAACACGACGCUAGUAGCGAAGACGCAUCGCUGCUGCUAUCAGGAGC